CGCAGUGGUGAAAGCAACAUCUCCUGCAUCGCAGUCCGACAGAUCAGCGAACAGACAGUCCAGUUUGAUUUGAAACUAUCGUGAAGAGACGCUGCCAUGUGGAUUUACACUCUUCUUUUCCCUCUCUUCGUCAUUGCUUGUUCUGAGGCCAAGAGAAAUGCACUCCAGGACUACCAGAAGACCAAUGGCAUACGACUGGUUGUGGUGACCCCUGAUUCCUCCCUUCUGACCAAAAGCAGGAAGCUGAGCAUGGCCAAAUGUGCCAAAGCCUGCAGCCGCAACAAAAGACUCCCCUUCACCUGCAGAGCAUUCCUCUAUGAUCAUAAAAACAGGAAAUGCCAGUGGCUGUCGUUCGACAGGAACUCACCAGGAGCUCAGAGCCAGCAGGACUUCAACUCCCAACUCUAUCAAAAGAAAGACUAUGUUCAGGAGUGCAUUGUGGGUACAGGUCAGAGCUACAGGGGGCAGAGGUCGGUGACGGUGAGCGGGAUCCUGUGCCAGGCGUGGGCCUCUCCUUUCCCUCACGAACACAAAUUCACAUCCAAGAGAUUCAGGAAGAAGGACCUCCGAGAAAACUACUGUCGCAACCCAGACAACUCCACUGUCGGCCCCUGGUGCUUCACCACUGAUCCUCGUCCACAGCUCAGACACCAGGAGUGUGGCAUCCCACUGUGUUCAGAGGUUGAGUGUGUGACUUGUAAUGGAGAAGAUUAUAGAGGACCCAUGGACCACACAGAAAGUGGAAAGGAAUGCCAGCGCUGGGACCUUGACGGACCACACAAACACCUGUACCACCCCAAGAGGUAUCCUGACAAAGGCCUGGACGACAACUAUUGCAGGAACCCAAAUGGACGUCACAGACCCUGGUGCUUUACCACGGACCCAGAUGCAACCUGGGAGUACUGCGACAUCAAAGUUUGUGAAACACCUCCUAAAAGUAAUGCAGUGGAAACCACUGAGUGCUACCAGGGCAGAGGAGAGAGUUAUAGAGGGACAGUGGACCUGUUGCCCACUGGACUGACAUGCCAACGCUGGGACUCCCAGUACCCCCAUAACCACACAUUCAUACCUGAGGCCUACCCCUGCAAAGACCUUAGAGAAAACUACUGCCGGAAUCCAGAUGGUCAGGAACUCCCCUGGUGCUUCACUACAGACCCAAGAGUGCGCACAAUGUUCUGCACCAACAUCCCUCAGUGCGGCGCCCAAAACAAGCCUGUCAGCGACUGCUAUGAAGGCUUUGGGGAGAAUUACCAAGGAGAGCAGUCAAGGACUAGAUCAAACCUGCCCUGCGCUCCCUGGAGAGACCACAGCAACAGUGGCAUGCUGAUGGCUGGCCUGGAGGGAAACUACUGCAGAAACCCUGAUAAGGACAAACAUGGUCCUUGGUGUUAUUCCAACAACUCUGCCAUUCCCUGGGACUACUGCAAUGUCAAACCAUGUGAUGCUUCACAGAAUACCAUUCCACUGGGUGAGUUCUCCUCUGUGGGGUGUUUUAUCCAUAAAAGAAUCAGGAUUGUUGGAGGAGGUCCAGUGCGCAUAUCUGAUGGCAGCUGGAUGGUCAGCAUACAGAAAGGGUCGGUGCACUGGUGUGGAGGUUCUCUAAUACGAGAGGAUUGGGUGCUCACUGACAGACAGUGCUUCUCCUCAUGUGUUCCAGACCUCAGCGAGUAUCGGGUGUGGCUGGGAGUCUCAGAUAUUCGAGAGGGUGCUCCUGACUGGUCUCAGAGACAGGAAGUCAGUAUAGCUCAUGUGAUAUGUGGCCCAGAGGGCUCCAGUUUGGCCCUCAUAAGACUGUCCAAGCCAGCCCUUCAAGCAGACAAUACAGUUCAUACAGUUCAGCUGCCUGUGGCUGGGUGCUCCAUCCCGGAAGGAACAAUGUGUAAAAUGUACGGCUGGGGAGAAACCAAAGGCACCGGCCAUGAAGACUUAUUAAAGGCGGUCAACCUUCCCAUCGUCAAUAAUGAGAGGUGUAGAGAGAUGCACAGAGGCAACAUCCAUAUCACCAACACCAAGAUCUGUGCAGGAGGCAAUAGGAACGAGGGAGUGUGUGAGAGGGAUUACGGAGGCCCUCUGGUGUGUCAGGACGGAGACAUCAGGGUUAUUGUGGGUGUCAGUGUCCAUGGCAGAGGCUGUGCUCGGGCCAACCAGCCUGGUAUCUUCAUCAACGUGCCCUUCUACACGCAGUGGAUCUACAAGGUCUUCAGACAUUAUCCCAACCCAGAGAUCAUCUAGUGACUCAAAGAGGAAAAAGAGCAGCCUCCAGUGACUGAACGAACCGUCUGUAAAUCUAGCAGUGCACUCAGGACACCUGGUUUCUAUGUUGUUCAUACCUACACAGCUUACGGAUCGAUAUGAAUCUGAACAAAGGAAGCCCCUCUUAAAGACGAUGGGCGAGGAAACACUGUGAUGGAAGAAUCAACCAGGUCAUAACCAGAUACCACUCUGAGCCUGAGUCAUUGAUGGUAAUUAUGAGGAGUAAAAGUUAUACAGUUCAUAUCUUACACAUGGGAAUUGAACUGUUGAAGUAGCAAAUGGUAAAAGAAGGGACCCUGUAAACGUUGAAUGUAACAUUAACAAAGAGAGAGAUGUAUUUGGUCAAGUUGGGAGCAAACCAGGCAAACAAACAUUCCAUUUCAUCCAUUUUUUUUUUUUACAGUUUUCUUUUGGUAGCAAAUUCACCCAAGUGGUAUGUGUGCAUGUGAAUACUCUUGAUUCCUGGCAUUACUUGAACGUUUUUGAACACCAAAGUGAAGUGGUUCAGCAGCUCCCUCUGUAGAGUACAUCAAUGGGCCACUUAGAAAACUAUCCAGUGGUACUUAGAGUGGAACUCUUAAGUAUCUCAAGGGGCUUUGAUGAAGUGGUCCUUAUUGUAAAAAGUAUUUUAAUGAGUGUGUUUGUGACACUCUUAAGCUGAUUUGGGUCUUAUAGAUCUAUGACUAGAGACGUGAAUGUCAUGUUGGUCAGAUUAAUGAUGUACAGCGUGUAAUCUACAUUUCAACAUUCAGUCAGGUUUCUGUUUCAGCAGUGGAAACAUAAACUCCACUUUUAGUAUUUCAAAGCCACUGACUGUUUGAAAUGAUAAUAUUGUUUUGCAUUCAGUGCAUAUGAAAGGGAUUUAUAGCUAGUAGGGCCUUAUAGGAUUUGAUAAAAGAAGCAGGAAAUUUAACAAUUGAAACCUGACUAUGUCCUCAAACUCAUGCUCUGGUAUAUAAUGAGUGUGUUUGUGUUUGCAUUUUGUUUUUGUACAUUGUUCUGCAGCAGUGUCUGUAUGCAUAAAAGACAACUGCAGGAGUGUGUGUGUGUGUGUGUGUGUGUGUGUGUGUGUGUGUGUGUGUGUGUGUGUGUGUGUGUGAUGAAGCCAGAGCUGAAUGAAUUAUCCUCUCCCCACACUCAGACCUUGGCGGACCUCCAGUUCCAAUCCACUCUGGCUAUCAGCGUCACAAAGUCUGUCACUUCAAACUUUGUGGAGGAAAAGAAGAGACCGACUCUGUAACUGCAUUGUCUGUAAUGGCUGCUCCACUAAGAUGACUGAAUGGGCCUCCAGAUAAAUUAGCACAUCUCCUUUGGUGGUGUAAAUGUUUGGGAAGGCUUUUUUAUUAUAACAGCAUUGUGUUUGUAGGAGUGAUAAUCUGUGUGUGUCUGUGUGUAUCUGCUUAUGUGUGAGCACUGAAGGAUGCUGCAAGCUGCUAUAUUCUACAGGUUGUACAGUAAUGUCUUAUGCCUCUGUAUCAUGUACAUUUAUCAUAACUUUAAUGCCAUCUUAUCCUAUAUGCUAAAUGUUAAACCCAGUUUCAGUAGUUAUUUUAAAUGUUUUAUGAUGUU